AUGAAAUCUUUGAUUGUUAGAUUUAAAAAAAAAUGGUUUUUGAUGAAAAAAAUUGAUCUCCUUUCUAUUCCUGAUAUUGAAGAAACUAAAAUUGGACUUGAAAGUGGUAAAUAAGUUAAAAGAAAUCUACAAAGAAAUUUUAUUUAUUGUAUGAUAAAGGAAUCUGUUCUUUCUGCAUUUAUAUACAUAUCUUAAUAUUUUAAAUAAUCAUUUUUGCAAAGGAUAGCACUUCCUCUAAUGGAGAUAUUCUAUUAUGCCUUAAAACCAUUUGAUUCUGAAUGGUUAUUAAGAGAUUCAGAAUAAGAAAAGAACUUAUUUAUAUAAGCCUAAUAAUAUAGAUUAUAGAAAAAAUAACAUUUAAGUACUAUUCCUAACAGACAUUCAAGAUUUCCUGGAUUAUUUGUUACUAAAUGAAUUCUCUCUCAAUCUGGACAGAUAAGUAGUUAACCAUUCCAUUAAAAUUAAGUAAAUAAAUUAGCAAAUUAACGAUAAAAACCUUAAAUUAGAGCACUUAUAUCAAAAUAAAAAUUAUUUUUGUAAAACAUCUAACUAUUGAUCUUUAUGCUGCAGAGAAGGAGAAAAACUUUAAAGAAGAAUUGAGAUAUUCAACUAUAGAGUUCUUGAUUCAUAGUUUUAGUAAAUUAAUUGAUUAAGCUUUUAUUGAAAUGAAUAAGAAAUUGUAGAUUCUGAUGAUAAAUAAAGAAGGAUAAUUAUCAUCAGAAUUUGUUUCUAUUUAAGCAGCACUUCAAAUUACUUAAUUUAAUUUUAAAUAUAGUAAUUUGAUUAAUGAAAGUCCUUAACUUAGAAAGAAGAAUUCCAAUUAUAGAAUUUUCUUUUCUGUUAUAUAUGUUCUAUUUGAAUUUCUUAUGAUUGUAAAAGAAUUAUCACUUGCAGUUGAAUAAACAGAUAGAGGAAAUAGUUAAAUACUAUUAUAAACUAUUCCAACUUAAGAAAUAGCAAAGGCUAUAUCAAUUGGAUAUGGAUAUUGUCAAUUUGGAUUAUUUAAUGAUUAAAUGUUAUCUACCUUAGUUAAAUUAACAGCUUUAUAUUAUGAUCUAUUAGAAUUACAUACCGAAGGAAAAGCAUGGUCAAUAAGAACAAAUAAAUUAUUAAAAAAGAAAAUCAAAAAAUAAUAAAAUAAAGCAAAUAGAGGAAGAAAAAGAAAACAAGAUUAACAUAAUGAAGAAGAUAAUGAUAUUGUUGAAAAAGGUUCAGAUGAAGAAAAUGCAUUCAGAGAAGAGGAAGAAGAUGAUGAGGAAAAUGAAGAAGAAGAUGAUGAUGAAAAUGAAACUGAAGAUGAUUAAUCUAUUUAUAAAGAAAAAAUAUGUAAUUUUGUUUCAGAAUUUGCAAUCAUAGUUGAUUAUAAAGUAUUGGAAAAUAUUUCUUUUUAAUCAAAGAAGAGUAUAUUAAUAAUAAUUAUUAUUAUUAGCAAAUUAUUAAACAAUUCAUCAGAACUUAAUAUUGCAAUUUAUAAAUAUUUUAAAAGAAUUGUUGAUACUCUAAAAGCAGAUUGGAUCUUUUUUUAAUUAGAUUUUCUAUAUGUAAUCAAUUCAAUCAUAUUAAAUAAAUAUUUAACAGUAAUUAUAUUUUAUAUUAAUUAGUAUAAAAGUGAAUUCUUAAACUUAAUCUAAUUAUUCAGAAGAAUAGGAAUCAACUUUUUUUAACUAUUUAAAGUUAAUAGAUUAAUGAGUGUAGAAUUACUUUCCAGAUUUCCUCAUGCUGCAACUAAAGAUUCUAUUCUAAAAAAUUAUUAAGAUUAAGUAGCAGAAGGAGACACUAAUUAAGAUAAAUAUUAAUAUGAAGGACCUAAAAAGAAAGUUAUCUGGACUUAAAAAAAGGAUAAGAUUUGAUUGAAAAUUAUGAAAAAUAUAAGGAUUGUGAAAAAUCAUUUGAUGAAUAAUUGAGUCUAUUACUCAGUUAAAAUGGUUUCACUAUUAAAUCUCCUGCAGAGAUUAGAAAGAGAAUUAGAAAAUUUAAAUUGGAAGAAGGAAAUGAUAUAGCAAUUGCAUUAUAUCAAUAAUAAUACGAAAUGAUAUCCAUGAAGAAUGUUGAAAUAAUUGCUAAGAGUGUUAGGAGUCUAUUAUAAGAAGUAGGAGAAGAAAGUUUAAAUUUGUUUUUCAAUAACUUGCUUUCAACACUAUAAAAUUAUAUUGAUCAUAGAGGAUAGGAGUAAUAAUAUUUUUAUAUAUAGAAUUAUUUUUAUGUUUACAAUGUAUUAAAAAAACUAAUCAAUUGUUAUAGUGAAUAUUUGCUAAGUAAAAUAACAGACUAUUUCAGAUAAAUGCUUCUUUAUUGCAUCCUCAUAAGUCACUUUAAACUUACUAGUAUCUAUUUAACUGUAUGAAUCAUUAAAUGCAAUUGUUUUGUUGUAAUCCAAAUUUAAUCCUUAAAAUUAUAUAUAUAUAAUAAAAAAAUACUCCAGAUUUUAAUUACAAAUAACUCUUGCAAUUAUGGGUAUCCUAGACAUUUUAUUAUCAAAAUAGAAGAUCUACGUAUGA